GCGAUGGAGAUGGUUGUCCAAUUCGCAUAGGGACGUUCUCAGGUUGCUUUCGUCGCUUUUUUGUGGUUCUUGUAGUUUCCCAUUUUCAAUCGCAGUUAUCAUAAUGGACUCCUUCGCUCAACAUCUAUGCACUCCUUCUACACGGGUAUUUAUUCUCGUAAUGCGCCUUCCCGCCGAACGCGAAUACAUGCAACCGCAAUGUACAGAAAUUAAAUCUAGAGAUAAUAAGUCAUCCGAAAAAACUCUAAUAUUUGUUGCGCCUUUACGAUCAUCCAAUGACGAACGUAUCAUUGACGCUUCAGGAUUCAAGCUCGACGUUGAACGCCUCGACACCGUAUUGAGCCAGAGCGGCGAUUUCAAUGUCAACGCGCUGGACCUCUCUGACCUGACGGACGAAUUCAAGGCCCUCGGAUUUGAGCUUGAGGCCUUCUAUAAAGAACUUCCCGGAGUCUAAGAGACAGGAUCAGUUCGAACCAGUAAGGGAGUAUUAUGCAAACACUCCACCUUUAGUAUCUUCCUUGGGGAUGAUAUUACGUGGCACCAGCAGUCUGAUGGACCCUAUGAAGAGUUAAAAU